AUGCUGAACGAACAAGCGAUCUUAGCCUGCAUCGAGCAGACAAUGGUUGCCGAUGCUAAGGUCAUCAAGCAAGCAGAAGCACAAUUAUUCGAAUUCCAGAAAGAAUCUGGUUUCACUUUCUUUCUUUUGAAAGUCUUGUCAAAUGCAGAAAUUCCAUUAAAUAUUCGUAUGUCCUCUGCCAUCUAUUUCAAAAAUAAGGUUCACAGAUCCUGGUAUGCUUUAGAUAAUGACAGAAAAAUGAAUCCAGAUGAUAUUGGCAUGGAUGAACAGAAGAUGAUUAAAGACAAUCUGGUGGAAAUCUUGGUCACCAACGUUGAAAGUAACCAUAUCAGACCACAUUUAACUGAAGCCAUCCAUUACAUAUUUUAUACUAGUAAAGAUUGGGAUUUGACGCAACCAGUUCAGGAAUUAUUGGAUUCUGGUAAACAAGAAUAUAUUUACGCUGGUUUAUUAUUAACUUUCGAGUUUUGUAAGGUGCAUAGGUACGACAUGGUGGACAGCAGAGGUCCGAUCGAUGCCUUCAUUAGCGUAGUUUUCCCAAUCAUCGAGAAUAUGCUAUCAGGUUUAGUCAACGCUUCAGAUUAUAAAUCAAGUGAACUUUUAUAUUUAAUCUUAAAAUCAUUCAAAUAUGCAUGUUUGAAUAAUUUCCCAGCUUAUUUCAAUCAGGUUGAAAAACUAAACUCAUGGAUUCAGUUACACUUAUUUGUUUGUUUCAAACCACAGCCAAAAGAAGUUCUGGAAUUAGAUCCUUCCGACAGGUCACUAGAUAAGAGAGUUAAAGUCAGUAAAUGGGGGUUCGGCAAUUUGAAUAGAUUUAUUCACAAAUAUUCCAGAACUACCAAAUCUAUCUCUGAAGAAUUUGUAAAUUAUGUUUUACAAAAUAUUACUCCAACUAUUGUUCAGAAAUAUUUUGAGAUCAUCCAAUCCUGGGGUACGGGUCAAUUCUGGUUGAGUGAUUCCUCACUCUAUUAUUUAAUCCAAUUUUUAGAAAAAUGCAUGAUCACCGAUCAAUUAUACCCAUUAAUAGAGCCACAUUUGGCAACUAUAGUCGAAAAUGUAAUUUUUACAUGUCUUUGUGCCAAUGAGCAAAGUGUCGAAUUACUAGAAGAUGAUCCAGAGGACUACACUAGACGUUAUUAUGACUUCAACAAGGAAGGAUCUACUGCAGACGUUGCUGCAGGUGAUUUUAUAUUUGUCAUUGGUCACAGGCGUCCAGAACAAUUAAGCACUAUUUUACCAUUUGUCAAUAAUAUUUUUACUAGUUUCAAAGAUAACGCUAACGAUUUGGCUGUUGCCUACAAGCAAGAGGGUGCUAUGAGAAUCAUUGCAUCUCUAUUUACUUUCUUUGAGAACUCUGGUAAUGAAUUAGAGGGUAUUUUCACUCAUUAUAUUGCUGAUUUACUGGCACAGGAAAAAUACCCCUUUUUAGUUGCCAGAGCACUAGAGACAGUUGCCAACUAUCAAAAUCCAAUCAACGAUGUUGAUACGUUAUCAAAGGUAUAUGAUCUAUCUUACAGACAUUUAAUCAAUGAAUCAAAUCUAUUGCCAGUUAGAAUUGAAGCAGCUGAUUCCUUAAAAUCCCUAAUCAUUUUGAAUACUGGUAUCCAUUCACAUAUUGCUGGUCAAGUUCCAGGCAUCAUGGAAAAUUUAUUAAAACUAUCAAAAAUUUUUGAAAUCGAUAUUUUAUCAGAAGUCAUGGAAUCAUUCGUUGAAAGAUUUGCCGAUGAACUGACACCAUUUGCCAAAGAUUUAGCUCACAAUUUAAUGGAACAAUAUUUCAACCUCUCCCGUGUAAUGAUUGAAAAUAACAGUAAUUCUAAAGAUAUGUACUCAACAGGCGAUCAAGAUCAAGAAAUCCAAGCUAGUUCAAUUUUACAAACGAUGACCACUAUGGUCAUGUCCAUGACCAAAGUUUCAUUGAUUGAUGAAUUUUCACAGGUUUGCAAAUAUGGUAUUAUGAACGCACAAAUUAGUUUAAUGACAGAACUCGUUGAUUUGAUGGAUUCUUUAGCCUUAUCGUCGAGAAUGUUACAUAAUGGUAAGAUCCAGCCUCAAAUUUGGGAAUUAUUCCAUGAUGUGAUAGAUUCUUUCCAAACGUAUGCGAUGGAUUAUUUUGAUAAUUAUACGGUUUUCUUUGAAACCAUGAUCACAUUUGGAUUCCCACAAGAUCAAACGUAUAUUGAGUCAUUUUUAACAGUCUUGUCAGUAAAAUUAGAGAGUGACAUUGAUUAUGAUAUUGAUAACGUAUUAACAUUAUUAACAAUGUUUAGUUUAUCCAUGAAAGAUAUACCAUUAUUUGAUAAAGCCAUUCAAUUGAUUAAAAAUAAGGAUGAAAUUGAAUUUGACGAGAAGACUAUGAUCAAAUUACUUGUAUCCAAUUUAAUAAUAAAGCCAGUCGAAACCUUGACUUUAUGUGAAAAUGCUGGAGUAACAUUAGAAGUAUUGACAAUGUGGUUCGAACUAAAGAUGACCAGUGUAUUUGCUAUAAAGUUACAAAUUCUUGCUAUUACCUCGAUGAUGAAAUUAGAAACUUUACCAAGCUGUAUCAAUGGAUUUAUUGGUCAAUUUUCUAAUAAAUUAGUUGAUUUACUGAUGGAGUUACCGAAUGCUAUUAGAAAGCGUGAUAUUAUGAAUAAAGGUGAAGAAGGUCUUGAAGAUGGCUCCACUAUCAAUGAAUUUAAUGAUCCAGAGGAGGAAGAAGAAUAUUUUGAAGACUUCGAAGACGAUUUCAAAGAGACACCAUUAGAUUCAGUCAAUGUGUUUGAAUCGAUAACGGUCUUUUUCCAUGAACUUGGAAAUACGAAUGCUACUAGAUACGAAGAAAUAAUAAAAUCGUUAAAUGAUGAAAAGAAAGAAUCAUUACAUACCAUAUUACAAUUUGUAUCUCAGCAGAGUAAUUAG